UCCCUCCAUUGUGUGUCAUGGAGCCCGAGCACAGCUCUGCGCGUCCCCGCGGCGGGAGCGCGCCCGUGCUGUGAUGGGGGAUCGGGAGGAGGAAGGUGAAGAGCGGAUGGAUCCCGUGUGCGGUGUACCGGGCCUGAGCAGCGGAGGGGGGCGGGAAAUCUGAAGGUUGUGAUGCAAAUGAGAAGAGAACUUCCUGUUAUUUGGCAGGUAUUGUCAUUUAGCUGCACAAAUGAUGAAACCCUACCCAGAUUUGUGACUAUAAAGAAUGGGUCCUGAUGUUCCUUUACUGAACGACUACAAGCAGGAAUUCGUCUGGAAACGCUUUCCUCAAACUGUUCUGGGCGGUCCUCGAUUCAAAUUAGGAUACAGUGCCCCUCCUUACAUAUAUAUCAAUCAGGUCAUCCUCUUUCUGACACCAUGGGUAUUGGGCGGUGUGGGCACUGUGCUGUGCGAAGUCAGAAUCAUACAGGAUUACUACGCAGCAGUACUCUCUGGAGGACUAAUGCUCCUUGCUUCCUUUAUUAUACAACUGUUAAACCAAUACGCCCGACGGAGGACCUCUACUGUAGAAAGACUACAGAAUCAAAACACCCUCACCGAUGAGGAUGAUUAUGACUUUUCCGGCUGUCUGGGCUCAGAAACUGUAAAGUUCAUUAUCCCCGGCAAGAAGUUCAUAGCGAAUGUUAUUUUUCAUUCCUUUCUUGCUGGGGUGCUAUGUGGAUUAGGGACAUGGUAUUUAUUACCAUACAGACUGGACUUGCUGUACGGCAACUUGGGAGGGACAGUUAUGAUUUUUAUAUGUGGUUGGAUAACUAUUUGUAUAGGUGAAUAUUCUCUAAUUGUAAACUCCGCCACUGAGACAGCAACUUUUCAUGCUCAAGACACCUAUGAAAUUACAUCUCUUCUGCGACCGGUCUAUAUUUUGGCUUUCAUUGCUGUAGACCUUGCAUACAGAUUUGUUGUGUCCGUGCCAGCUUUAGUUUGGGCCAACAAAAUAUUGCAUAUCAUAUUCCUGUUUCUGCCGAUUCUUUGGGCUUUGGGAAUUCUACCACCUCUUGAUGCACUCGUCCUCUGGGGAAUGGAGCAGACGCUGGAGUUUGUCUUGGGAGGAUCGCCAAUGUCCAGUAACUUGCGGUUGUUAAUCACUUUUAUCAUAUCAGCUGGAGUAACCAUAUCGGCCUAUUUCAUUCCAAAUUCAAUUGGUGUUGUUUUGUUCAUAAGUGGAUUUGGCUUCAUCCUCAGUCUUAACUUAACAGAGAUGGCAAUUAUCCUCCUCAGUAAAAGCAGCAGGUGUACAAGAGUUAGUGAUGGCUUCCAUUGGAAAAUGACUUGGAAAGAGCCGGUAUUUUACUGUGUCAUCCUGAGCUUGGUCCUGCUCGAGUCCAGUCUGUUGCAUCACUUUUGUUAUUCAACAUUUUCCUUAUUAAGCCCACAGGCCAUCGUGAGCUACUGCCUCAUUGUACUUUUAGUCUUUUUGUGGAUGCUCAGAGAAAUUCAAGGUGCUUAUAUUUUGGGGAUCAUAAGAAAUCCCUUUUUCCAAAAUGACAUUAGGAUGCUAAAUGUCUUCAUGAAGAAACAAAGUCGAUUACAGAAAGCAGCUCUUGUAAGAAGUUUUUUGCUCACUUUGGCGUCUCCUUUAAUGAUGGUGGCAUACCUCUCUCUGGAUGCUUCACUGUAUUCACUGCCUUCGGUAUCAGCCUGCAUUGGACUCACAAGGGCUUACAGGAUGAUAUGGCAGAACACAGAAAAUGCCUUGCUGGAGAUGGUCACUGUAUCAAUUGUACAGCUCUUUGUUUUUAACACAACCGUCUGGUGGAACAUUGAUCUGGACACAGGGAUAAGGCUUCUUUUGGUUGCUGUAAUACGUGAUCGUCUAUAUCAGCUAGUCUCCAAACUUCAGUUUGCUAUAACUGUUUUACUGACAUCCUGGACUGAAAAGAAGCAAAGAAGGAAGUCGACAAGCAGCUUAAUUACAAUAAACAUUAUUUUCUUCCCAUUGGUACUGACCUUCAUUAUCCUGUCAGCGGUGCUAUCCUCUCCAUUACUGGCACUUUUCACUCUCCCGGUGUUCCUGGUGGGAUUCCCCAGACCUAUUCGCAGCUGGCCUGGUGCUGUAGGUGCUGCAGCCUGUGUGUGCUCUGAUACCGUCUAUUACCAGCAAAUGGUCCCGGGCUUUGCUGCAGCUCUGCAAUCUGCAAUUGCUUCUGGAAGUCUAGGUGUGGUUACUCCAGGAUCACACUUCCUUUGUCGUUUCCAAGACCGAUUAAUAUGGCUGCUGAUUCUUGAAAGGGGUUAUACUUACUGCUGUGUAAAUGUAAAGGGAUUAGAGUUGCAGGAGACCUCUUGUCAUACAGCCGAAGCUCGGAGAGUGGAUGAAGUUUUUGAAAUGGCAUUUGAGCAGGCAGAAAAUACUAGUCGGUUUUCCUUCAACAACCAUUUUGGGAACGUCUUAACGCCAUGCACUGUUGUUCCAGUCAGAGUGUACUCUGAUGCCCGGAAUGUUUUGUCUGGUAUAAUCGAUUCACACGAGAACUUGAAACAAUUCAAAGACGAUUUCAUUAAAGUGCUUUUGUGGGUGCUUAUUCAGACUUGCUACAAAAAGUCAAAAGUCCAAGAAGACAGAUACACAGAACAAAGCAAAGAGAAAGAGCUGAGCCUGUCAGGGAAACACCAAGAAAUUGUUGGUCCACACCACAUAGAACACAAAGAAUCAUCAAAGGAUCUGGAAAGUUUUCAUGAAGAACUUGGUGAUGAGUGGUCUGAUGAUGACAUCUUUGAAAUUCUUCCACAUCCAAAGACUUCUGGCAUUAAACCAGUCAUAGCUGGAGCCAGUGAUGGGUUUUCCAUCCCUGGGAGCGUCCAGACACAUAUCGAUGCUCAUGUGGAGCAAGAUGUAGCAGUAGAUAAAUUGUACUCUGUAGUAGGAUUUGGUCUUCCUGCAACUGACCGAGGAAACACAACUCUCGUUGAACAUUUCAAAAUGGUGGAAUUCAAUUCCUCCUACUCAAAGUUUCUCAGUAUACCUCAAGACUGGAUAUUUGUCUCCUUGUUAAAUUUGAAAAUGAGGGAGAUGAAACAGAUGUUUCCAACAGAGUGGUAUGAGUUUGUUUUGACUCAGUUAGACUUUCACCAUAUAGGUGAGAAGCCCUCUGCUCUUCUCGAGGAGGGUAUCAGGGACAGUUCACUAAGAGACUUGUAUAUUCAAGGUUUGACGUCUAUUUAUUAUGCCUUUUUUGGCAUGGAAAACUCAUCUCCUAGUUCUGCCUGGUUGUUUCGAGCAUAUUUAGGUGGGAUCCCAUGGUCUAUUUCUUUGGAUUGGUUAACUGGAAAUCCAGAACUAUUUCAGCUUGCACUUAAAGCAUUCAGGUAUACCUUUAAGCUCAUGGUUGACAAGGCAAGUUUGGGACCAGUGGAAGAUUUCAAGGAGCUUAUUAAUUACCUUGAAGAGUAUGACAAUGAUUGGUACAUUGGUUUGGUUUCAGAUUCUGAGUGGCAGCAGGCUGUUUUACAAGAGAAACCAUACCUCUUCUCUCUGGGCCAUGACCCAAACAUGGGGGUGUACACUGGCAGAGUACUCACCCUUCAGGAGCAGCUCGUUCAGAUCGGGAAACUUAAUGCGGAAGCUGUUCGAGGUCAAUGGGCAAACCUUUCCUGGGAACUUCUGUACGCCACAAACGAUGACGAGGAGCGCUAUAGCAUACAGGCUCACCCAGUGCUACUACGGAACCUAACGGUGCAAGCAGCGGACCCACCUCUUGGAUAUCCAAUCUAUUCCUCUGUACCUAUCCACGUGCCUUUGUAUUAAACCCUCUACUGUGUUUCUGCAUGUUCAGUGGAAAACACUAAUUUAUGACCCAGUACACAAGAAUAGAUACUGCUGUUGGACGUUUGUUGUUCAUACAUGUCACACUUUAUUGAACUGCACGCUCAGUUGGUUACAGUGAUGUUACCCUUCACAUUACCUCUAAGUCACUGUACUCAUUCAGUUUUAUAAAAUCCAGUAGCAGAUUGAUGAGUGGCAUAAAAUAGGUCAUGGCUUCCUGUGUAAAUAUGUGUACACUUAAAAAAAAUAAUGUUUGACCAAAUGUGUAUAAUGUAAAAUAAUUAUUUUAUAAACUGUUAAUUUUGAUUGUAGUAAACCUGAGUGAU